AUGUCGCACUCAACAACAACUACAGCGACCUAUACACUCGUCAAAUACUCGAGAUCCUAUCCAAAUUCUGCGCAAGAUGCUAAUUCGGAAUGGCAACACUAUACAAAGCCUACGUUGAAGCUUAUCUUGGACGUGAAAAAGUCCUUAACCACAGGCGAACUUGAGUCCGUCUUCUUGCGUAUCGUUUGGUCGAUGGAAAACUCGUAUGCACAAGACCAAAGCGAAGUGUCAUUUGAGAAUUUCGACCUGCUUUCCUUCUCGUCCUUUUCGACGCGUCAAACAGACAGACAGCAAGGCGGUCUUCCUUUGAAAGCCGUUUAUCGUGACUCGGUCGUUGGAAUUCGAUAUAUCAACGCGUCAAAUGGGGUGAGCGUUUCUAAGUACUUGGGUCAAUUGAGGCGUCAGGCUGACUCUGCAAAGACUUUUCGCCGAUUUCAAAUCACAUUUUCAUCGGCCAAUGAUGCAUCUCAAUUUAUCGACUCUAUUAGCUCAAUAUGCCCUUGCAAAGCGAAUUCUACGGCUGGUCCUUCUAACAUUCCCCAAAUGAUGAGUGCUCCCUCCAUGGUGCCCCCAGUGUUGCACCAUCCAAUUGCAAAGCCGCCUAUUCUGAACAAUUCUGCUUAUGCUCAGACUGUUCCUGUUUCUGCUGCGUUUCCUCUCAGUCAUAUGCAUAAUAAUAAUAUGCACAAUAAUAAUAUUCCCCUUAAUCAAACCGACGUGUUUUUCCCUGUCACUCCAUCGCAGAGGCUUUCUACUUAUCCCACGGUGCACUUUCCAUACCCUGGCGCUCCUUACGCUUCCGUCUCUGGAAUGCCCAUGCCUUCUUCUCAAAUGCUGAUGGACCAUCCAAAUCAAAUUCAGUCUUCUUCUCCUCCCCUACUCCCACCACCGUCUUCCCAGCCUCCCUUUCAGUUCGGCGGCUCACAAGCGCAUUCCCAAUCCGCUCCGUUCACACCGACACCUACCCAAUCGGAACAUCCGCACUACUCCCAGUCGACUUCUGUAAAUCAACAGGCCUUCACCCAAACUGUAGGAAAUGAAAUAAUCAAACCGGUCAAAAGCAAAUUUAAGGCCGAAAGCUCAGAGAAGGAGGUUCAAACAACGGACCCGUUCGUGUUCGCUCUGCGCGAAGCAACAUCCUUAUACGACAUGCCCCGUCAUAGUCUGGAGAAGUUGGUAGGAGACGUCGUUCGAGAGGACGGGUUUGUUCAUCUGGUCAGUACAUUGAAUAGGUUCUUCACAACAACAGUUUAA